AUGGGAGCAGAGAGCAACAAAAGUCUACACUUGUUAUCUGUCUUCCUUACUGGCAUCCCAGGACUGGAGGCUGAGCAUGGCUGGCUGUCUAUCCCUUUCUUCACCAUGUACCUUGUGGCCAUUGUGGGCAACAGCCUGAUCAUGGCGGCAGUUCAGAAAGACACUGCUCUACACGAGCCCAUGUAUUUAUUCCUUUCCAUGCUGGCUAUCACUGAGGUAGGUGUCUCUGUGUCUACACUGCCCACUGUCAUGGGCAUUCUUUGGUUCGAUGCUAGCCAGAUUAAUUUUGAUGGCUGCCUGGCUCAGAUGUUUUUCAUUCACACCUUCUCCUGCAUGGAGUCGGGAGUCCUGCUGGCCAUGAGUUACGAUCGCUUUGUCGCCAUCUACAACCCACUGCGCUAUACAGCCAUCCUGACUUUGCCACGAAUCACCUCCAUGGGCCUGGGCAUUACACUGAAGAGUGUAAUCCUCAUGGCCCCACUUCCAAUCCUUUUGAAACAACUUCCUUAUUGCCAUGUUAAUGUCCUCUCCCACUCCUACUGCCUCCACUCAGACCUGAUCCAGCUGCCUUGCGCUGAUACGAAACUCAACAGCAUCUUGGGCUUGUCCAUUGUCCUGGCAACUUUUGGGUUGGACUCACUGCUCAUUGUAGUCUCUUAUGUGUUGAUUCUUUACACAGUGCUGGGCAUUGCUUCUGGGGAAGGACGGAGGAAGGCCCUCAAUACUUGUGUGUCACAUAUCUGUGCGGUGCUUGUGUACUACGUACCUAUGAUUGGUGUGUCUGUGAUGCAUCGUGCUGCCAAACAUGCCUCACCCCUCGUGCAUACACUUAUGUCUAGCAUCUACCUUUUUGUGCCUCCUGUGCUCAACCCCAUCAUCUAUAGUGUUAAGACUAAGCCAAUCCGACAGGGAAUUGUUACCUUGUUCUGUAAAAAGGAAUUGCUCUGA